CGCCACAUACCUAGGUUCUGCCCGGCGACCCACGGACGGGGGCGCGCCGGCUAGGCGCGGGGAGAAACGAUGGCCGCGAAACUGGAGCAAUCCUCUCCUGCCCGACAAGCGAAGCCCGCCAUGCCGCCGUCUCUGCCCCCCAAGCUGUCAAUGUUCGGGGCGAAAGCUGGAUUCGUCAUACCCAAGAACAAGAUACCGGGCUCGAUGGCCGUCCGCAAGGUCGAAGCGCCAGCUGCGCCCAAGGAGGAGGACUCCAAACCUCCUCAGAGGAAGACGAAAUGGGGCCCUGAUCUCGCCUCCGAUCCUGCUGUCAGGAGAGCCAAGGCGUUGGCCUACCAGACUCGAGUGGAGCAAAUUAACAAGGAGCUGACAUCUGGAGCUCUAGAGAUAGGAGGAAAUGAAGGUUCAUCGGUUACUGCAAAGGGUUCAACUUCUGACGGUGCCGAAAAUCCAAAAGAAAAUGAGGGAAAGAUUGAGCUCUUGGAGCUCGAAAAGCGAGAAAUUAUUGGAGAAAUACUCCAAUUAAAUCCAGGAUACAAAGCUCCUGAUGAUUACAAGCCAUUACUCAAGGAGACAAAAAUCCCUCUGCCUACAGAAGCACAUCCAGGACAAAACAUUAUUGGAGUUCUUAUAGGACCUGAGAAAAAUACCCAGAAGCGACUGCAAGAGGAAACUGGAGCUAAAAUACGAGUAUAUGGGACUAAGAAAGGCAAUGGUGAAAAGGCUGAGGUCCGCCAGUCAGAUAUACAUGAAGCGCGAGCUGCUUAUAAGGACCUAUACAUACAUGUGUCAGCUGACUCUUAUGAUAAAGUUGAUGCUGCAGCUGCAUUGAUUGAGCUGCUUCUUACUCCUGUCUCAGCAAAUUCAACAGAUACUUCAGAAACUGCGAUUGUUUCUUCGGCAGUUACCUCUGGUGUUGUAAAUCCAGCUGAUGUGCAGCAGGGGCAGAGCACCGCUUCUCAGCCUGGCUUAUUUCAGUACCAAUCAUAUAAUGCUCAUUGGCUUCCCAAUCCUCAAAGCGUUGCUCCAUCAAUUCCUUCUUCAGGGCCUACACCAAACCCAUUCCCCAACAAUUCUUUGCAGCUGCAACAUCCUGUUGGUUCUUUCAGCAUGCCACCAUAUACAGGACAACCUCCUCACAUGAAUUAUAUGCCAAGAAACCCACUGCCUGGUCCUGGAUUUCAGCCGUCAAUGCCGAACACUCAACAACCUUCACACCAGUUCCAUGCCAACCCCUCCACUGGACAUCCUUUUGGUAGACCACCUGCAAGUGCGUACAACCUGCAACCGAUGUCAUCUUCCCCUGCACCACUGCCAGUUAGACCCCUUCAAACACCCCAUGCAUCUGGAGGAUGGCCAAGUUAUGCCCCUGCUUCCCAGAGGCCUUCACAAGGUGCUCCAAGUUUUAUUCCAAUGAGACCUCCUAUUUCUGUCUCACCUCUUGGUGCAGCUCCACCCCUGCCAGGUGCUGUUCCAUCUACCACUUCUCAGUCAAAUACGUCCACCAGCUAUGGAACUCAGAAUCCGCCAAGAGCAAACUUCACUCCUCCAGCAACACUGCAUUCCAGGCCUUCUGGCGCCCCCCAAUCUUUUCCUUCAGUUUCAUCUCAGGGUCCCAAGUCGGUGCAAGUACCAUCUUCUCCUGCUGGAGCUCCACCGCAGACACAUUACCAGCCGUCGAUGCAAAUGCGCCCUCCCAUGUCAACACCUCCUCAAAUGAGAGGCGCACCUUCACCUUUCCCUCAAGCUGGACCAGCACCCGGCAAUGUGCAUGGGAUGCCUUUCUCAGGUUCAGCAAACACAGGCUAUAGUCAGACAUCAAUAGCUACUCCGAGACCUCCACGUCCAUCCACCGGUGAUUUUACCUUUCGGCCUCAGGCGCCACCUUCGGCAAACCUACCACCUUCAGCCAGUCAAAUGGGAGCUCAAUCUAACUCUCCAUUUGGUUUACCCCAAGGCCCGCCCUUCCGUCCUGCAAAUCAGGGUCCCAUUUCCCCAGUUCAGGGUUUCCAAAGGCCUCUGGAUGCAAGUCAUAUGGGUCAGGCCCGGAUGCAUGCUCCACCUCCACAAUUUCAUGGAGCAUUCCCUGGGAAUCCAUCACCUAGCGAGUUUCGACCAUUCCCUCCAGGGAAUCAACCAAACAGAAUGCCGUUUCAUUUCAUGCCACCUCAGCAUAAUCCAUUUCCAAAUGCAAACAGGCAAGGCGGAAAUCCAGGUGGCCCCAAUCCAAUAUACGAUCCUUUUGCGCCAACAUCGGUGCCAGGAGGGAGUAAAGAAACAACAGGCUGACCUUGAAUAUUGAGGAUGUUUUUUUGGAGGGGAAUUUAAGUAUUGAGGAUCUCAUGUCAUCAGUUGGCUUGAAUGAGAUAUCGAUAUUUCCGUGUAGAAUGGAAGCUGCGUUGGAAAGUGAGAAGAUGAUUUGGCUUGGAGUUGCAAGCGACCUGA